UCCUAGGAGUGGUGAGAAUGACUAACCUUCAUGAAGUCAUAUCUGGAUACAGGACAAACUUCCAGAAGCAACGAUUAAUGACAAUGAGAACAGCGAAGCGUAUAAAGGAUUCUUGCUACUGGUUUUAUUUUCAGUACCUACUGAUCACCUGUUGCAUUGACAUGGAGCCCUGGGAACAAAUAGUGGUUCACACCAUUUUUGCCACUACUUUUACCAUGUUGGUCUUCACAGCCUAUGUAUUCAUUCCAGCCCAUUUACGUCUGGCAUUUAGGUUCUUCCUGCAGUUAUGGAUCAAGUAG